AUGUCUCUCUCAGAAGGAACCCGGCUGGUGGGCGUCAUCGGCCCUGCUGGGUUUGGAGGUUCUUACCUCUGCGGCGAGCUCAUCCGCCGGGGCCAUAAGGUCGUUGGGAUCUCGCGAAAUCCCCAAAUAUUUGGUACCCACAAGGAUUAUACUACUAGGACAGUUGACAUGGAGGCGGCCAGCAUUGACGAUCUGGCGACCUCGUUUUGCGAUCUGGAGGUCCUGGUGAGCGAAUACGGCCCUCAUACACAGGGCGCCGACGCGCUGACAUACAUGCCGUAUAUCGAAGUCGUUAGAAAAGUCAUCCUUGCCGUGAAACUCACGAAUCUCAAGUACUUUGUGUUUGUGGGCGGUGCAGGCAGCCUCAUUGUCCCUGGAACGCAUGAGUCUUUGGCGGACCACCCGGGCUUUUUCUACGCCUACCGCCGGCAGAUGGCAAUGAGUGAUGCGCAUGUGCGGUAUAUGGAAGAGCGUCUUGGUCCGAUCGGGGCCUCCCUGCGUUCGUACCGAAACGCUCGACUGGCGGAGAUAUCCGGCAAAGCAACCGCAAGCGACAUCGAGACGGUGCGGGCUUACGAGGAGGGUAUCCGCAAGAACGACCGCGCAUCGGAAUAUAUCAAAGCUGGGAGAGCUGCGCUGUUGUUUUUUGAGGGGAACACUUCCUUCCCGUGGACGUUUGUCUCUCCAAGUCCUCUAUACCGCCCCGGUCGACGGACAGGGAGUUAUGAGGUUACCAUUGACUACGUCCCGUUGAAGGGCGAGCAGCAGGGUGAGGAUGUCUUGGAUGGGCGUUUGACAGGAAUAUCGGCCGCGGACCUGGCUGUCGCGAUUGUGGACGAGAUUGAGAAUCCUCGGCUUAUGUACAAGCACUGGACUGCCUCUGCUGACUUGUCUGACGAUGCUGUUUAUCCUAGCUAUGUGACAGCGGAUGAUAUUUAG